AUGUCAAAUGAACGACUGAGACUCAAGGAUAGAAUUUUGGAUCGGAUAGCCAAGGCUAUCAAGGAGAUUCAAGGUUUAUCCUCGUGUGCUGGCAGUCAACCAAUUGUACUAACCAAUGAACGAAGACCAGUUCAGAAGUUGGUGGAAAAUUUAGAUCAUGCAUUUCUACAUGGAUUGAGACAUGUGACAUGCGGUUACUGGGUCAUUGUUCCACAGUUCACUAGAAAAGAUGUUAUUAAACAAAUUAAUAUGUUGAAUAAUAUCACAACAGAUCUAGGACGAGGUCGUGCAUGGUUAUAUAUGGCACUGAAUGAAAAUCUUAUAGAAAGUUAUCUACGAUGUUUUGCUGAAAAUGUCAAAGUUGUUCGGAAGUACUAUGUUGAGCAUUCUAUCAUGAGGGACGACCAGCGGUUGCUGCUCUUGCAAACUCUGACAGCUGGUUUGGAUUUCGCGACGUUUGACCUUGACCUGACUGUUCCGUUCUUAGACUUGACGAGUUACCUGCCAUCUAAAAAACCGCCCAAAGAAGAUGAAGAAGAUAGGAUAUCUCAUCAUAGCAUUGAUACAAUGUCAAUGAGUUCAUACACGAGUGGAAUACUUGAAGAUUGCGGUACUCCCAGUGAUAUCUCUUCGUACACCUACAAGGAUGGCCAAUCUGAUCAAGGCAUUCAUAGUCUUGAGUAUUAUCGACAAGACAGUGGCGAUUCGUCCUCCAGCUCUGUAACCAGGGGAGCCGGAGAUUGGGUUGCCACUAAAGAUGCAAAAAUGGUGGAUGAAGUUAAAAGUACUGUUGAUAUUGUUGAUAAUGAUACACUAGAGAAAAAAAAUCGUCCCCAGAGACCAACAUCGCUCGGGCACACUUUUCGAAGUGUUCGAAUUGAUACCAAAGCAAAGGAGGAGGAUUUUGAAGUCAUUCAUAUAAAUGGAAAGCGUACAAAGAAAUUGAACAAAAAGAAGAAGUCCCCGAGUGGGAAAAUUAGCCCGGCUGUUGAUUCACUCACUAAAUUUAAUGAAAUGAAAGUAGUGAUGGAGGAGGCGGUUGUCUGGGGUGAUGCCAUGACAAUCGGUCAGGAUGCAGUGAAAUCAACUAAUCAGUUUCCUCCUUUGGAUGCCAAUCAAACGCAACUGGCCGAUCAGAUUGCAGUGAUUGAAGACUCUGUGCCUCAGCUGGCAAAUCCAGUGUCUUCUUUAGAUCUUCAUGUUCUUAAUGUUAAGAAACGACUUGCAAAUCGAGCUGCACAGUCGCAGGAUCAAAUCUCACCAACAGUAGAAAACUGUGAUGAAAAAGUUAAACCUGUGAGUCAGAAUCAGGAAUCGAUCUUUGUAGAUAAUUUACAAAGUCAAAAAACAGUUAACAGUGAUUCCCUUGAUGAUAGUAUUGCACAAACCAUUUCCACUGCUAAUGGCACAGUGGAUGAAGCUACGGAUGUUGUCAUGACAGCAAAUACGGUUGCUAUGGAUAUAGAUGAGGCAGAUGUUUUACAAAAAGACAAUGAUAAUCUUUCAGUUACCCAUGACAUUUCUGACAAUCAUAUUGAAGGGAGUGGAGAAACUGCUAUUGUAGAAGAUGGGAUGUCAGUCACAGAAAACAGCGACAGCAAAGGGGAGACUCCGCCGCUGGAAGCUGCUAUGCUUGAAAAAUACGAGAGUUUAGUUUUGGUCCAUGAAGCUGAUAUGAAAAUUGACAAUAAUACUAAACUAUAUUUGAUGCUAGAAAUUUUCAAAAAUGAAAGUGAGGAAUUUAUGAAGAUGAUUCAUAUGAGUACUGGUUAUAUGGAAGGUGAUGUCAAACCAGUGUUUAUCCUCCUAACAGACCAGGCUAUCUACUUAUUACGAAAAGGUGAUGGUGAUGUGUUGUAUCAGACUGAAUCAAUGAUUACAUACAAUGACAUUGACUUCCUGUCUGUGAAUGUAAAUUAUCAGUCUGUGACGCUAGUGUGUGCAAACCGAAGAAAUCAGUAUUGCCUAUCCACUGGAGAUGAGCAACUGACAAGGUAUUUCUUAUCGGUUUUGAUGAAAGUAAUGGAGGAAGGCAGUCGUACGCGCGAGUUACCAAGUAUUUUACGAGAUGCAACUACACAGCUUAUUGCUAUGAAGAAAUUUGCAUCUGUAGAAUGUCGAUGUGAGCUAAAUGAUGUCAACAUUCAUCACUAUGGACUAGUACACUGGGAAGACCUAACUGUAAAGUCAAGCAGUCCUAAUGUUCAAAAACCAUCUACCUAUAAACAAGGAACAUUGUUGUAUAAAACCUGGGAUAGUUAUUUAUUUGGUGGCAUCACUUGGAAACCUGGAUACUUUCUACUAAGAAAUGGAGUAUUUUACAGACUACUACAAAGGCAUGACCCAAUACCACAGUUGUCAAUUUCUUUAAAGAGUACUGACUUUGGCGGAUGUCGUCGUAUUAGGAGUGGAGAGAGACCUUAUUCUUUUGAGUUGAUACUACCAGAUAAAACAUCACUAGAACUAGCUGCUAAAGAUGACUCAGAAGCCUCGGAAUGGCUGCAUGCUAUUUGCUCAUCUGUGGCUCUAGGGAUGGAUCAAUGUUCUCCCAAUGCCUCGCCAUGCAUUGCAUGUUGUCUUAUUUUAACUGAUCAGAAGUUUAUUACCUGCCAUGAAGAUUUCCAGACUGGUUUCUUUAGAUGUCUGGCUAGUUGUAAAAUAGAAGACAUUGGUGGAAUUACUGUAGAUCCUGACAAUAGAUAUUACUGCAUAGUAGAAUUUGAGCCAUCAGAAGUUAGUUCUGAUCAUGAACAGCCCUGGGUGUUGUAUUUCAAUAGUCCCGGUGAAGAGAAUAAAUUUGAGACUGCCAUGUGUAAAGCCUGGAAAAAUAUAUUUCAGGUUGAUCUUCCAGUUUAUGUUAUAGACAAUAAAACAAUAAAGCAGAGAUGUAGAGAACAACAAAGCUCUCUCCAAUCAGCUUGGACAAAAUCUGAUCAUGUGACACCUGGGAAAGAAUCCACACCUGUUUGGUAG